CUUUGUUUUUAUUUCAUUCCUCAUCAUGAUGUUCAGUGUAGUGUUUCUGUGUUGUGCUCUUGCUUUGGCAAACUGCGCUGAGAAAAAACUAGAAGAAUCCGGUUUUCAGGGACUCGAAGAAGGAGGACACAAAGAAAAACAUCAUCAGUACGAGCAUGAUGAACACCACGAGCACCAUGUCAAGACUAUCACCGUCGUCAAGAAAGUUCCAGAGCCUUAUCCGGUAGAAGUUGUCAAGAAGGUACCGUAUGAAGUAAAAGUCCCAGUUGAUAAGCCCUACCCUGUCUACGUGCCGAAACCAUACCCGGUAUACGUUGAGAAGAAAGUUCCCUAUGAAGUCAAAGUACCUGUACCUCAACCCUACACCGUAGAGAAGAAAGUACAUUACGAAGUCAAAGUACCCGUAGACAAACCCUACCCUGUACAUGUUGAAAAGCCUUACCCUGUAUACGUCGAAAAGAAAGUCCCCUACACUGUAGAAAAGAAAGUACCGUACGAAGUUAAAGUCCCCGUCGAAAAGCCAUACCCUGUACACGUUACCGUCGAAAAGAAGGUGCCCUACCCUGUGGAGAAAAUCGUACAUUAUGAAGUCAAAGUGCCAGUAGAGAAACCAGUUCCAGUCCACGUCGAAAAACCUGUACCCGUACAUGUUGAGAAGCCUGUACCUUACAAAGUUGAAAAAAUCGUCCAUUACACGGUUCAUGUUCCAGUAAAAGUACCCGUUGAAGUACCAUACCAUGCAGAAGAGAAAAAAGAGGUCCACUUACCUAAGUACGAAUCGCACGAAGAAUCGAAAUUGUUUGAUUCGCACAUACCAGAAGAAAAGAAAGAACAACACGCCAGCGGUACCAGCAGCGUUGAAACCAAAUUUAUGCAUUCUGGACACACCAGCGGUUAUAAAAGUGUAAUCCACCAUUUCAAACAUGAAUAGUCUCAAUUUGAAACAAAUGUAUAAAAUCAGUAUUAUUAAAAUAUAA